GGCGCGCCGGCGAGCGCGUCGGGCCCCCGCGCGGCGGCCCCACCCCUCCGCGGUCCCCCGCCGGCCGGGGCCAUGACCGCCGGCGGGGUGGACGACAUCUGGGCGGAGAUGCAGCGCGAGCAGCGCGCCGCCGCGCGGGCCACGGCUGCGAGACCGGCUGCGAGGACCGUGGUGACGGCGGUGGACCUCUCCUCGCUGCAGCGGUCGAGGCCGAAGAAGGCUGCGCCGAAGAAGGCCGCCGACCCGACGCUGCAGUGGAUGAAGGGCUGGUCCACAGAGGCGUCGCCAGACGCCCGAGAUGGCCCAGCGAAGAGCGAGGAGGACCCCUUGAGGAUGACGGAGCCACCUGCCACGCUCAUGGACAUCCGCGAGGAGAUCCCUUCGGACACCCCGGAAACGUUCCUUGCCUACAUGCAGCGCGACGUCAAUUGCCUCGGGGAGGACGCGCUGGGCGUGCGGCUGCAGUCCCUGCAGAAACUCGAGAGGGUGCUGGUGGGCCGAAUCGACGACCUGUCCACAGACAUCGUGGACGCCGUUCUGGACGCGCUCUUGAAGCCACUCCUGAAGAGAUUCAAGGACAAGUCGGAGAAGUGCCGCGAGCUCGCUGUGAAGGUGAUGCGCAGCCUCAUCGAGAAUGCGUCGGAGCUGUCGGCGGCGCUGCCGUACGUGUUCUCCACGCUGGUCGCUCGCCUCGGAUCCGAGGAUCUCGACGGCGUCGCGCACCUUCCCGAGGUGGCUCGGCCAGACCCCGAGCAGAAGCCCGUGGAGAUCGUGCGGCCUGUGGAGGAGAGCGAGGAGGUGAGACUGGAGCUUGGGCGACUGGUGGCAUCAUUGCUACCGCGCUGCAACCAGAUGCAGGUAUACUCUUACGUCGAUGAGGCCACCGGCCUCCUGCGCGCGCAAGCCAUGGACCCCUUCCACGAGGUGAAGGCCCUGGCCUGCGAGACGAUGAUGUCGUUCUGCCACAACCACACCGAGAUGCUGCUGCACUUCUCGGAGCCCCUGGGGCGGUCUCUGACGUCCUGCAUGACGCACAACCACGCCAAGAUCCGCAUCCUGGCGUUGCGCGCGCUCACCGCGGUGCUGUACUGCGGCAUCUGGAAGCACAACCACCCCAUCUUCUGCAUCCUCAUGGCGUGGCAGGACGCCCGGCCGCGCGCAUCCCCCGCCCAGGAGCUCGCGUGGGCGGCCCAGGCCGAGGCCGCCUGGCCCGUCCCGUGGCGGCGGGGGGUGCCGCAGGCCGAGAAGGCGGAGGACCUGCGGAAGACGAAGCAGUACGGUUUCGACUACGGUUGGACAUACGAGGGCCGGGCUUUCGUGCCUUUCCCGCUGCAGGGCGUCUGGGCAGGCGCGCGAGCGGCGGCAGGGGUGGAGGGCGCAGCGGACUCAGGCGGAGCGCACGCCAGCGGCGGGGAGGUGGAGGAGGAGAAGGAGAAGGAGGAGGAGGAAGAGAAGGAGGAGGAGGAGGAGGAGGAGGAGGAGGAGACGCCUCUGGAGGUCCAAAGAAAGCGCAACACGUUCAAACAGCUCCAUCCUCGAUCCUCCUUCUCCUCCUUCGGGGCGUCAAGGGGGGGCGUCAAGGGGAGGGAGGUUAGCGUGAGCCCUGUAAGGUACAUCAAAGCGACCUUCAACGACGUCGUCGACUUCCGCGACUGCACGGCCCUGAACGCCGGCCGGCUGCUCUGCAUGUCCAUCGCUUACACGGAGGAUCCCGCGACCCUCCGUAUCUGA